AUGAAAAACGGAAAAAAUCACCCCAACCCAGUCAAAACCUGGCCCUCUUUUUACAUAAAAAGAAGAACCUCCGUGGAGGGGAGGGGGAAAAUCAGCCCUGAGGAUAUCCCGAGUCGAGUCUGCCCUUUUCCACUCUUCCCCGCCCUCCAGCUGCGGGACGGGUUCCAAUCACCAUCGCUCAUUGCUUCGUUGACGUACGGCAAAAAAGAAAGUCCGGGGCCAAACGAGAAGCCCCAAACGGGGCCAAGAGGGCGAGAAUGCAAGAAAACACAAUCCGCAACCGCUGGAGCUUGCGUCACGCCGCCAAGGGAUCAGCAGCUCCUUGUCUCCUCUUUGGCUCCAUUGGCAGAGUCCGGCGGCCACCUCUGCGGCACCCGUUCAUCGCUGUCGGGCUCACUGGAUCCGGCGAUGGGGAUUAGCCUCAAGCGAUCUCUGAUCUUCAACCAUCCUGUGACAAGGGAAGGGCGAAGACGUUCGGCGGGCCUCCGCUGUUUCGGAUUGAUGUCUGACCCCAAUCCCAGGCUUCCCGCAGAGUUUUAA